AUGGCUACCACCACAGCGGCGGCGACGCCAGCAUCAACCCAGUCUUCGGCAUCCCAACUCGCGGUGAUAACAGGAGAGUUGGACAAAUUGUCCCCUCGCUUCGAGGUCUCCGCAGACUCUAUUCAGAUCUUGAAGACCCCCACCUACUUUUACGAGACCCUCAAGAACAAGAUCAGAACCGCCCAAAGGCGUGUGUACCUAUCUACUCUGUACAUAGGCAAAAGCGAACAUGAGCUUAUCGAUACCAUACGAGAAGCGCUCAAAGCAAAUCCGCAACUGAAAGUUUCGCUGCUUACAGACUAUCUCCGAGGCACGCGAGAAGCGCCAGAGCCAUCAUGCGCAAGCCUUCUUGCUUCGCUGAUCCAUGACUUUGGCAAUGAUCGGAUAGAAGUCCGCAUGUACCACACUCCGAACCUGACAGGCACUCGCAAGAAAGUCUUACCGAAACGGAUCAACGAAGGAUGGGGCUUGCAGCACAUGAAGCUGUAUGGCAUCGACGACGAGAUUAUCAUGUCUGGAGCCAAUCUCUCAAACGAUUACUUCACCAAUCGGCAAGACCGGUAUCACGUUUUCAAGUCCAAAGCAAUCACCGACUACUUCUCAGGCCUGUACCGGACGAUAUGCGAUCUAAGCUAUCGGGUUCUACCGUCGGAAAAGGAGCAAAGUGGUUUCGUCAUGGAAUGGCCCGAAUCCAAUAUCCAACCGCAACCGUUGGCCGACCCGAAAGGUUACAUUAAGGCUGCAACAAAAGUGCUGAAACCACUAAUCGAGCCGCCAAGAAGUACCGUGGCUCACUCCGAUGCAGACACUCAUGUCUAUCCUCUAGUCCAACUGACACCGCUUCUGAGACCCGACACUUCGACUGAGCUCCCUGCUCUGACACGCAUUCUCCGCAUUCUUGGAAGCCCAGAGUUUGCUGGUUCAAAAUGGACGUUCACAGCGGGCUACUUCAAUAUGACACCAGAAGUGCGUGAGUUGCUGCUCAAAACCAGGCCAGCGUCAGCUACAGUAGUUGCUGCAUCUCCUUGGGCGAACGGUUUCUACGGUAGCAAAGGUAUCAGCGGCAUGCUACCUGCAGCAUACACUUUACUCUCUCGAAGAUUUCUGAACGCGGUAUCCCGAACAGGCCAGAGCAAGCAGAUCUCAGUCAAAGAAUGGCGGAAAGGCACUGUCAACGAACCAGGCGGCUGGACCUAUCACGCCAAAGGCAUCUGGGUGACCCUGCCUGGCGACACGAGCCCAAGUGUCAGCCUGAUAGGAAGCUCAAAUUACACAAAGCGAAGCUAUUCUCUGGAUCUCGAAGCGAAUACACUGAUAGUGACUCGCAAUCCAGAUCUCCAAAGACGACUCGGAGCUGAGGAGAACUGGUUACAAGAGCAUGCGACACCCAUGACUCAGGACGACUAUGCCAGGACGGAAAGAAGAGUAGGCUUGCAUGUAAGAUUAGCCAUGUGGAUUGUAACAUUAGUUGGAGGAGCAUUAUAGAUCGGAGCUGAACACGAUACCCAAGUAAAUACCGUACCUGUGCAAACCC